AUGAAGCAUUCAAGGAAUUGUUCAGAUACUAGCGAUAGCAUUCCAAAACGAUUUAAGAUUGGUACUGCCGCCAGUCCUAUUGCCACCAUUAAUGGGAAUGAGGAUAUUAAUAGCACUGUUGACUAUAAGACUUUACAAAAAAGCUCAAGAUCGCAAAGCCCAUUAAAACCAACUGAUAAAUUAUGGAAUGCAUUUAAUUCAGAAAGACUUCUUAAGGAAAGAUUGGCUCAUUAUGGUUUAGAUUAUGUUAAAGAUCCGCUAGAGCAUUAUAAAAACAUAUUUGAUAAAAAUUCUAAAUGGUAUAGCAGAGCAGUUAAGCCUCUUUAUAUGGUAAAUGAUUGCAUGCCAUAUAAGACAGAAUCACACCUUGAUCAAGCAAGAUAUUUAUGUCAUGUUAUGGUUAAUCUCUAUAUUUCCAUUAGUUCAUUAGAUAUACAAGGUCUUAUAUCGAUUUCAAGUAAGGAAUUAUCAGAAUUGAAAAAUGAAAUUAAUGAUUUCUUAACACAUUCUGACAUGCCUCUAUUAACGCAAGAAAUGGAAGCUGUCAAUAAUGAUAUCGCAGAUUAUGAUGAAGGGGAAGAAGAUGACGAUGAGUUUGAUAUUUUUGAAGAUAAUGAAUAUAUUGAUAGCAUAGGUCCCGAUUUUAACGCAACAGGUAAAAUUACUUCUCGAUCUGCUACGAUUAUUAAUGUUAAUCAUUGGACAAAUGAACUUAAAAAUUGUUUACAUUUUGAUUUCCCCCUGACUUUAAGAAAAUCAUUGGCUACAGUUUAUUACUAUUUAUCCUUGGUACAGGGUCAAAAAAUUUAUAGACAGUUGCAUGUAGAAAUAUUUACCUCCCUAGUUACUAUUGAUGAUGAAGGUACAGAUUUUACUGAAGAAUUAAUAAAUAUUGGUUUAGUAUUAGAUCAUAAAUUGCUAGUAGAUUUCUUAUGUGUUUUUCUACCAUACCCUGAUUCUGACUAUGUGAAGUACGAAAUUACAUCAAAGGAAGAUCUCCAAUUAUUCAGAGUACUAUUGAAACUAUCUCAUAAUGCAAAGGCAUUUUUUGAUAAAACUAGUACACGUACAAUGAAAGAUCUCAUGGAUCGUUUAUUAUCUAGUUUAUCUCCAUCCACCAUGACUAUUGUAUUACCGAUGAUUACGUCAAGUGUCCCGUAUCAUUACAACUCAGAACACAAAAUUAUUGAUUACUUCCCAUUCUUUUACAGCUUCUGGAGUUCAGUUAGCGCGAAUAUUACAAUCGAUACCCAUAUUUACGAUUUUGCAGGUAAUAUAGCGGAAGAUGCGCAUUGGAAAUUAUUAAAAGGUGUUGAAAAGGAUGAAUUUUUUAUCAAUUUUAAGGAGCAUUUCAAUCAGUUUGGAUUAUUUACUGAUGAACAAAUGACAUUUAUGUUUAAUAGAUUACAAGGUCAUUUAAGAACUGAUGGUCAGAUUCAUUCAUAUUCUCGAACUGCAAGACCAUUUGUUUUUGGCUUAAAUGGUUCUAAUAAUAAGAUGUAUUUCGAAAAAUUAUUAAGUUUAACAAGGUCUAUUGAAACCUUUGUUCACCCAUCCAACAGCGGGUUUUGGACAAAACCUAUUGCAAAGUUUGUUCAUAGUUUUACAAAAAUGUACCAUAAAAGAGCAAAAAAAGAAGAGCAAUUAGAAAUAAAGCAUGAACUUUGUUUAACUCCAGAGUGUCACACUAAGAUAGUCGAUAUGUUUUUAGAAAUUCUUACGGUAGGUGCGCAAAAUAAGAAUUCAGAAAUUGCAAAUUUUUAUAUUUCAGCAUUGGCUUAUCUACUAGAUUUAAAACCACAAAACUCAAACUUAUUAUUUGAAAGAGUUUUAAUAGACAUGUAUGAAUCCCUUUCUGGUGAUCAUGUUAAUUCCAGACAUAGAAUCAUUUCAGCUUUAAAAAGGUUUACUAGAACGGUAAGAUAUUUAGUAAUGAAUAAACUUUACCGUGUCCAUAUUAUGAAUAUACUUUUAAUGCUAGUGAAUAAGAUUGAUAUCAAUGAUGUAAAUUUAACGAGUAAUAUAUUUAACUGUAUUGUGUCAAUCGCAUCAUUCGUCCCUUUUAUAAAGAUGGUAAAGGAGGAUGAAUAUAUUACAUUUGAGUCAAAUACUCUUCCUUUUAUUGCCGAGCAUUUUGAACAAAUGAAAAGCAUUGAAAUAACGCAAUCUUUUGUUUAUGAUGAUGAAAUUUUAGAUAAAGCCACUAGGGCCUCUACUACUAUUUUUGACAACAUAUUUUUAGUCUAUGUGGACAAAAUAUUCCAAUUGGUUGAUAUUGAUUUGGAUGAUGGUUUAGUAACAAAAAUUAACCAAACUACAAUGUUGAUGCUUGAAUCAAUGGAUGACUCUACAUUUAAUUUAUUUUCAAGACAGUUGCAACGUAAGUUUUGGGAUAACGAUUCUUUUAGGGAAAAUGAGCCAAACUAUGAAUUGGUUACUGUCCCGAUGUCAGCAUUGGUAAAGAGAACGCCUAAGUUAUGUGAAGAGUUCUUUGAUAUGUUAUCUUUCAAUGUGAAAGAGCAAAUUCAAAAAGGUGCGGGUUCUAUCAGAAGUUCUACUGAAAUUCAACAAAGAGAUGUCAAAUUAGUUUUGUAUUUAAUGGCAUUAAAUGAUAUAUUUAGACAGUCUCAUGAAUCUCUUCUGAAAUUUAGUGAUAAACUGAUGGAAUUCUUUCAUUUUGUAUAUGAAAGCAUUACUAAUCCACCGAUUGAUGUUGUAAGUUCUAUUUUGGUCCAUAGUGCGCUCUCUACCCUAACAAAUACAGAAAUUAAAACUUGUAGAAUGUUUCCAGAAAAUUGUGUUUUGCCAAUAGAUGAAAUGUGGGGUGGUAUGCAAUUUGACAAUAGAAAGUUCCAAAAGCAAUAUUUGACAUUUGAUUGGCAUAUCCCAUCUGAAGAUGAAGCUACAUUAGCUAUUAAUAUAUUUGAGACAUUAACUAAUUAUUGCAUAACGUCUAUUGAUAGGUUGUUAGAGGGCAAUAACCUUGAUCCUGGUUCUCCAGAUGAAAUUCAAAAGUAUAUCUUAAUUGUUACACAUGCAAUUUCUGGGUGUAGUCUUUUAUUUGAUCCAGAUUUCAAUAAUGUAGACCAAAGAUCUCAAGAACCAGAAACAAUUACAGAUUUUACUAAAUUGAGAAAUGAGAGAGACUUGAAGUCUGAUACUCCAGAUUUAAAUGUCGAAUAUGAGACACCACUUACUAAAAAUGAAGAUACAGAAUAUAUUGACAGCCAAUUCUCCGAUGAAUCUCCAGAUAUGGUUGAGUUUAAAGAUACUAUUGACCUUGUAAUGGAGGAUACGGACCCAUCCCAGGCUCCAUCUGGUAUUAAUACACCAGCUAUUGGUGACUCUAAUGGCACUAUUGAUGAUCUACCUUUUAGAGAUUUAGAUAUUUAUACUUGUAACUACUUUUUUGGUUCCACUUCCGAACAGAAAUGCUCACACCCUAAUUAUUAUAAGGUUCAUGAACUUAAGGCACGUGUUGGGUUUUUUUUCCAUAAGAUGUGCAAGUAUCUUUCCUCUAAUUUUGAAAAUAAUACCUCAGUCUACAGAAUUUUACUACAUGGUCUAAAGGUCUGGUUCACUGAUGUGGGACAAGAAACAAUUUUCAAUAAUGACAUUAGUUGUUUCUUAGAUCUCGAAUUCUUAGAAAAUAUACAAUCCUUAUCAAACCUUCAAGAACCAUUUACUACAACAUGCUUGGCCAUUCGUGCGAAUACCUUCCAUCAAAGUAGGGUAUUGUUAAAAAGUACUAACAGAAGACCUUCUAAAUUAGAGGCUCUGUUGUUAAGAGAUGUCAUUGACUUGGCUACAUCAGUCUACCCUGAUGUGCAUAAACCUGCUCAAGGUACUUUGGUUCACUGUAUGAAACAACUAGUUGGCUCUUAUUCUAUUAUUGUCAACAUUUUAUUACCAAGUUUGGAAACAAAAUUAUCUGAAGCUGAUUUCAUGAGCAUUCAAGUUAUUUUAAAAGUUCUAAUGAUUAAGAAAAUUCAUAGAAAAUUGCAUACAGAUUACAAAAAUUUUGAAAAACUCUUAAAUUUGUUACUUGAAUGCUGUAAAAUUAAUGAACAAGAUAUCUCAUUAUAUAGUGAGAAAUUAUUGAAUGAAGUUAUUAAUGGUGUUAAAAUUCCAUCUAGUGUUUGUAUCAUAGAUGAUAGAGCCUUCGAUCCUAUUCUUACUCCUCCAGAUGAAUCUGUUGCCUUCCAAGUUAAAUUGAUAAAGAGAGCGAAAGACAAUAAGCGAGAGAAUUAUAUAACUCUUCUUUCUAGCAUUGAAAGUAAGAUGGUGACUGUAUUGAAUUCAGAGGAGGAAAUUAGUUGGAAAAUUGCAAUGAUGAUGAUGCGUUUUGUCACUAGAAUACAAUCUAGUUUAGAAACAAAGGCGGAUAAAAAUGUAAUCGCUGCCAUUCACAAACAAACUUUAUCUAAGCAUCCACACAUCAUCCAUUUGGCAGUGAAAUCAUUUUUGGGUAUUUUUAAUAAAUUAUUUUCAUUGAAUGACUAUGAUUAUGAUAUUUCAAGAUCGUCAUUGAAUACUUUUGAUCCAAAAUAUAUUAAUAAGAUGGAAACAAAAUCCAUUGACUUUAAUAAAAAAUUUAAAGCCGAAAUGAAUAAUUUUAAUACUCCAAAAUAUUUUAUUGAUAAUAGAGCUUUUGUAGGUUGGUUAUGUUGGGGUUCGCCUAUGAAAGUAAUGAAGCCUGAACAAAUAGAAAUUAAAUUGACUGAAAAUGAUACUGAGGUAAUGAAAGCAAUGGGUCAUAUUUUAACUAAAGAAUGGCUAGUUGAAAUGACCACAAGUUUGUUGCAAGAUAAUGAAACAAGAAGUGUUUUUAGCAGUGGCAAUGUCUCAUUUUUUAUAUUAAUUAUCUCCUUAAUUGCAAACUCAGUAUGUGACUUACCUUUAUCAUGUUUGUUUGAUUUAUGCAAGAAAUAUUAUGAUAGAUAUGAUAAAGCUUCCAUGAUUACCUCGGUAGAAAUAUUUUCUGCUCUAAUUGUUAGUAGUAAAUUUAUGACUAAUGCUAUGAUUAAACAGCGUAAUGAUUUUGUUGAUGAAUUUCUUCCAGACUGUCUUGAAAAUGAAUUGAAUCAUGAUGCAUUUGAAAUUUGGGCUACAGUUGCUUGGUGGGUUCCUACAGUUGUUGAUAUUAGAAGAUGUCCUCCAUUUUAUUAUCAUUUUUCUAAAUUAAAUAAAUUAUUAGACACUAACUCAGAUGCAGCCUCACAUCAAGCAAAUAAAAUUCUGAUGUUUAGGGGGGUUUUAACUACGUUAGAAUUUAAAACCCCUGAUGUUAAUCCAAUUUUGAAUGAUAUAGUAUUCUAUCAUCCAUAUGAUCAGGUUCGUGAAAGUAUAGCUAAAUUAUUUACCACGUUACUUCAAAACGCUAGUUCUCAAUCUUCUUCUAGUCCUGAUAAUUUGUUAAAAAUAACUAGAAACAAUAGUAAUGGCUUAGGAAUUCCAGUUAAAUUUGUUCCAGAAUUUAUGGAAGUUAUCAUUAAACAACAAUUUAUUGAAAUCGUUAAAGAAUCAGCAACAUUAGUAGGGCUAAGUCCUCAAGAUAUUUUAAAAACUAAAUUUUAUUAUUUAUCAUCGACAAUGUAUUACUGGAUUAAGGAAAUGACUAAAGGUCCCAAUAGAGUUCUAUUAGUUCCAUUUUUGUACGACUGUGUUGCUCCAUUUCUGAUGGAAUUAAUGAAGCACAAAGAUGUUUGUAAAUUAGCGGAUGUUGAUCCAACUCCAUUAUACGCAAGUCUGGCUUAUAUGCCAUAUAGAAAAGAGCAUUUGAGUAACAUGAUUAAUCUGAUCUGUGAUACUACCUUGACCAGUACGGCAUAUCAAAUCAGAGUUCAAUUGUCGUUUGUUCAGCAUUUCUUUUCUGCCCAAUUAUUACAACUGUCAUCAAAACAUAGAGAUGAUAUAUUAUCAUUUGUGGUUCAUAAUUUAUAUGAUCCUAACCAUUUAGAAGUUCGAAUGAAGGCCGCUGAUGUCUUAUCUGAUAUUGUUCAUAAUCUAGGUCAAUCAAAUAAAUUUUUACAUGGUUUAAUCAAGAAAUUCAAUAAGAAUUUGGGCACACAUACAUGGCAAGAGAGAAAGGAGCUAUCCAAAUCAGAUAUCAAGAUACAUGGUAGUGUAGUGGGUUUGGGUGCCAUUAUCUCAGCUUUCCCGUAUGUUUUCCCAUUGCCUAGAUGGAUCCCAGAACAGCUAAGUACGUUAUCCUCUUGGGCUCGAACCAGUGGUAUAGCAGGCUCUUCUGCGAAGACGACGAUUAGUGAAUUCAAGAAAGUCAGGACCGAUACAUGGCAGUUCGAUAGAGCCGUGUUCACUAAUGAAGAAUUAGAAGAUUUAGAAGGUGUGUUGUGGAGAAGUUACUACGCUUAA